AUGAGCUCAAUUCAACUGACCAAAGAGCUUCUCGACACCUUCAUAGGCACCACAAAGCAGCGCACCGCCACCCUGCACGCCACCCACACCCUGGCAGCGUCUGUUUUCGGCACGCUCGCGCUUUUCUGGCACAUCCCCACCAGCAUCAACCACCCCCUACACCGCGUCCUCGGGCGCACUGCAUUCAUCCUCAUAAGCGGCAACAGCACCUCCACACAAACCACCACGCUCGCCCUGCGCCACACCCCAAACAUCACCUGCGGAGUCCACCCGUUGGGUGAGUGGGGGGGCUUGGUGAGUGCUGGCUCCGGGGUGCUGGCGCUAGGCGAGUAUGCGUGGCCAAUGUGUAGGCUGGAGACGGUCGAGCGGGAUGCGGCCAGGGGGUUGGCGGCGCAGUAUGCGCAGCUUGUGCCCCUGCUGGGCGGCGACGCAAUGCCAUUGGUGGUGUUUACGAGGGAGGCCGGGAGGCCGUUCUACUUGGUGGUCUCUGGCGCGGCAGCGGGCGGGGCCGACAGCGGGUUUGCCAGCGUGGCGGCGGUCAGGCUGGCGGAGGCGGGGGCGGGGGCGGCCGAGGACUGGGCGCCAGGGGCAGCGGUGCAGCACUGGGCCGAGUACGACGUUCUCGGGUCGGCCCUCUGCAGCGAGGAGGGCGAAGAGGAGGACCCGGGGCCGUACGUUGUGCUGCACGGCGUGUGGGCGCAGGACACAGAGGCUGGGCCCGCCAUGGGCCGCGUGGGGGUUCCGCCGGAUCCGCCGGCGUCGACGCAGUGGGCGCUGGAGCUGGUCGCCGGCACGCACCAGCCAGGCGGCGGCGGCGGCGGCGGCGGCAGCCCGGCGCUGCACCAGCUAUACCGCGAGAUCGGCCGCCUGGACGACUGCCACGCAGCCUGGGCCCACGCCAAGCCCUGGCAGGCAAGCCUCAGCGGCUCCGCGCUCGCCGGCCACCGCGAGCAGUUCGGCCGGCUGCUCGACGCGCUACUAGGCGCCGGCGCCGGCGCCAGCGCCAGCAGCGGCGGCGCUUCGCCGGGCGCGGCGCAGGACGAGGACGGGUUUCCGCGGCGGCCAGACGUGGACUUUGGCGAUCGGCUGUGGCUGCUUGCCGCCGAGCACGCGCGGGACGCCGACGACCUCGGCGAAAUCCUGGCGGCCGUGGCCGAGGCGCUGGAGUCCGGCGUGCUGCAGCCGGUGCUGCGCUGCCAGAACCAGUGCCCGGUGGCGUGCGAGCUGCGGCGCGCGCUGGCCGCGCCGGAGACUGCGGCGGACGCUGCCGCGCAGCUGGACGCGUGGGCAGCCCCGCCGCAUGUCUUCCGCGUGUUCGCCGAGCUUGGGUGGGAGAAGCUGCGCGCGGACAUUGGCCAUUGGCUCGCCAGCGCCCAGCUCGGCUUGGCCGGCGCCCAGCUCGGCCCGGCCGGCAGCGAUCUCGGCUCGACGAGCCAUCUGCGCAGCCUGGCGCGCGCCGCCGAGCUGUGGUGGCUGGCCAGGGAGGCGGUGCCGGGGCUGCCGCCGGCGUUUGUGCGCCAGGCGGUCGUCGGCACGCUGGCGUGGCUCGCAGCCAACACAGACGGCGGCGGCGGCGGCGAGUUGCGCGCAAUGGUGGCUCUGCCAAUGUACUCCCGCGAGGUGCUCGACUUCACGCACGCGCUGGCCACUGCCGCCGGCCCGGCGCAGUACGCCGUGCAGGGCGUUGGGCCCGGUGGCCACGGGCGGCGCAGCACGCUGCUGACGCGCACGCCGGCGCAAGUCGACGCGCACUUUGCUCUGCCAGUGGACGCCGAGGACGAGCGGUACUCCUGCUUCGAGGCCAUUCUCUAUUAA